AUGCCAACAUCAUCCUGUGACCACCUUACUAGCGACGUGGUGGGCCCCUUGCAACCGUGCCGCUGUGCCCUUAACGCUGCGCAGCGGACGCGCGCCACGGCCGGGUGUUCAUUGCACACGAGGCGCGCAAAGCGCUCCACCAUGGGGGCGGCCGCGUCAACUGCCGCGAGGGCGGGUUAUUCGCAACCGUUCCGGCCUGCGACCGCCGCUUCCAGAAAGCGAGAGGGAAGGCGCCCGGGAAUUUCCUCAGCAGGCGGCCCCGGAGCCAGCGGGAGACCGGCCCAAGUCUCAGUUUCUCCCCAGCCCGCCCAGUCACCUCCGGGUCCCCUCCGUGUGUUCGGCCGGAGACACACAAACUUUCCGUACCAGAGCCCAACUUGGGAACCCAAGCCUCGGCAGCGCGCUGCCUCCCAGGAAGGGGGCGAGCGACCCCCGCAGCUACUUACCCGCCGAGGCUGCGCUGUACUCCGGGGCGGCCCCCAGCAGCGCCAGCACCUGCAGCGUCCCCAGGAGCAGCGCGGCCCAGGCACCUCGCGCGCCGAGUCCCAUUGUUCCAAGGGCAGGAUGCGGCGGCCUCGUGGGUUCCCAGCUGAGGAGGCAGCAGCGAGAGCGGCCCCUCUGCGCAGCCGGCGCCGGCCCCGCGUCCCCUCAGGCGGCGCACGUCUCCCCUCCCGCCGCUUGCCCCCCAAUGACCAAAUAGGGCGCAGGAGCUGGGCCUGGAGGGGGCGUCGCGUGCGCAGCGGGAGCGGCGAGGCCGGGCGGGGCGGCGCGGGGGCGGGCUCGGGGUUCUGGGCGUGGCAACGCGGCUCCCGGCCUCCCUCGCAGGCGCGCGACUGGGAACCCCAGAAACCGCUUCCUUUCUUUUCAGAAAUGGCAGUUCUGUUGUCCUGGAUGAAGGCGAGCGCCGCAGCCUCUCCGAAUGCUGAGCACGCGGGCUUCGCAGUGCCCGAAAGGAAGUCUUUGAAGAGUAGUUUUGCCGGCAGGGAGGUUACAGGGCCCUGACUCCUGUGUCUCCUGCUGAGAGGCUGAGCUUGCCAGCUCCACUUCCGGACUGCUCAUGGAGCAGAAUCAGUGACCGAGGAGAGAAGGGCUGAGUGAAGAAACAAGUGUGAGUACCAAGAUGAUGCCAAGGGUUGUGAUUUCCUGGCAGGGAGGGAGAAGGAAUAGAUGUCAA